GAAACAGCGCUUCCUCUUUUUAAUCUUCGCCUUUCCAUUUUCCCCCCUCCUCCUCCUUUUUUCUUCUUCAUGUGAUUGGCUUCUGCUCUUUAGACAGCCCUAACUCCCUCCCUCCGCUCUGUUUUCGCCUGGCUAUUGGGCGCCGCUCUCGCCAGUCCGCGCGGAUCCCUUUGAUCUCUCGGGCCACACCCCGCGGCAUCGAAGGAGCGCGUACCAAUCCGAUCGAAGGGGCGGGGCCCGGGAGUUGCCGGCAGCCGUCGUACGCGGGAGAGGGCGGGGUCAUAGACUCAAUUAAAGCGGAGGGCCGCCAGGUGAGCGUUUGGGGGGCGUCUCUUCGCGCGGAGGUUGAUUGCAUAACGCCAGACAAAUCCCCCCCAACGCAGACGGAGAAGCAAAGAGGAGGUGUCCCGACGGAUGGCAUCGCCCGUGAUACCUUGAUUUCUGAUUAUUGUCUAACAGUUCCAGAGGGCGUGAAGUUGAGAAAGCUAUACUACCAUGUAUGCAUUGGGAUAUCUGCCCCCGAGGCUGCCUUCACAAACUGAAUUGGUACACGCAGCUUCACAUCCCUGCAAUAAAAUGACACGAGACGCGAUCUUGGAUGACGAGCUUCCAGACUGGGCUGGAGCCAAGGAGUUCUACCAGAAAUACGAUCCUAAGGAUAUAAUUGGCAGAGGAGUAAGCAGUGUGGUCCGACGAUGUAUACACAAGCAGACGGGACAGGAGUUUGCAGUGAAGAUUAUUGAAGUAACCCCGGAGCACAUGACUCCCCAGCAGCUAGAAGAAGUUCAUUUAUCAACCAGCAAAGAGAUUGUAAUUCUGCGCCAAGUCUCUGGUCAUCCUUACAUCAUAACUCUUAUAGAUUCCUAUGAGACAUCCACGUUCGUGUUCCUAGUCUUUGAUUUAAUGAGACGUGGUGAGCUUUUUGACUACCUUACAGAGAAAGUAACCUUUAGUGAAAAGGAGACCAGGUGCAUCAUGCGAGACCUCCUGGAGGCCGUGAGCUACCUUCAUGAAAACUACAUCGUCCAUCGAGACCUCAAACCGGAGAACAUCCUCAUGAAUGAUGACCUCGGCAUCAAACUGUCCGAUUUCGGCUUCUCCUGCCAUUUGAAGCCUGGAGAAAAACUGCGUGAGUUAUGUGGUACGCCUGGAUAUCUGGCACCUGAGAUAUUGAAAUGUUCCAUGGACGAGACUCACCCUGGUUAUGGAAAGGAAGUGGACCUCUGGGCCUGUGGCGUCAUCUUUUUCACCCUCCUGGCUGGUUCACCCCCUUUUUGGCAUCGGAAGCAGAUGUUGAUGCUGCGGAUGAUCAUGGAAGGCCAAUAUCACUUUGGUUCUCCAGAGUGGGACGACCGAUCGGACACAGUCAAGGAUUUGAUCUCCCGACUGUUGAAAGUAGAUCCCGUUGAAAGGUUGACUGCUGAGGAGGCGCUGCAGCACCCCUUUUUCCAGCGCUACGGAAAGGAACAGCGACAUUUCAGUCCCUUACAUAAAUUCAGGGUCAUUGUGUGGGCGGUGCGGGCUUCCAUCCGCAUCUACUCCAACUACCGUCGGGUGCGCCCAGUCACGAAGGAGCUGCUGCUGUACGAACCCUAUGCCCACAGGGGGGUGCGCAAACUGAUUGACGCUUGUGCCUUCCGAAUCUACGGCCACUGGGUCAAGAAGGGUGAGCAACAGAAUCGGGCUGCUCUCUUUGAAAAUGUCCCAAAGGCCAUCCAGAUGGCCUUGCAAAACACAGAAGGAGAGGAGGGCCCGUCCUCGGCUGUGGAAGACCCUUCCUCCCAGAAAGACACCCUCUAACCCCUGUGAAACAGGAGGGGUGAGGGAUGUUGAGGGGGCGGGAGGUGGGGUUUACCCAGAACCGAACCUCAUCCUUGCCCCAUUGGGAGAGGACAGCCAAUGGUUAGAGUCCUCCUUUGGGUUCCUUGUGCACAGAAGAGACUGACUUUCUAGGGAACAAGAACUUGGGGAACUCUGAAUUUUGGAUCGAUGGGACAUGAUUCCCUGAUUAUACCUGGAAGGUUGCUCUGGAUUUAGGUGGGUUGCUAUCACAUUAAUGGUGUUGGUCCAAAGGGAGGGACUGGGGAAAGCAACGUGCUUCUUCUGUGAGACCAGGAGCCCCUGAUGUAGCCCUUUGCGCAGUAAGAACCGUCCAGGGGUCUCAUCUGUCACUGGAGUCCCUUUUGCUGAGGGAACAAUCUGUGUGUUUAGAUUUGAUCAGUAUUGGAGAGCAGGUGUGGGAAUCAUGUUUUGCAUCUCUUCUCCUUGCUGCAAUCAAGUAGUGGACGUGGCUUUUUUGCUGAUCUGCUUGUUGUUGUUUUCUGCCACCCCCCCUCCUUAUGAUUGUCCAAACUAUAAUAAAAAUGAAA